AUGUUUGUCUUCUCCAACAACAAGGCAGGCAUGGGGAGUGUGGACAAGGAGAGGGUCAAUCGCAUCAUCUACGAGAUGAGCAAGAACUCAUCCUACUUUAAACAGGCUAAGCUUCAGGACGACAAACUUGAUCAGAAGGUGGCAGAGAUGAAGGUGAAACUCAAAGCACUGGGCACCGUUCGCAAGGCCCAGCGUACUCGCCAGGCGGACAAGAUAGCGACGGAGCUGGAAGCACAGCGACAGCUCGACGAAGUCUGUAUGGUGAUAGACAUGGACAUGUUUUAUGCGGCCGUCGAAGUCAGAGAUCGGCCCGAGCUCGCGGACAAGCCGGUUGCUGUUGGCGGCGAAAGCAUGAUAAGCACGACGAACUACCAAGCCCGGCUCAAGGGGGUCAGGAGCGCUAUGCCGGGCUUCAUCGGCAGAAAGCUUUGUCCCGAGCUGGUGUUCGUCAAGCCGGACUACGAAAAGUACACGGUGGUGGCGGAGCAAAUACGGGAGAUUUUCCGCGAGUACGACCCCCGCAUGCGCGCUUACAGCCUGGACGAGGCCUACCUGAACGUCACCAAGGUGUUGACUGAGAGACUGGGGUUGGACGGGUCGAACGCUCAGGCAGGGGUGGCGGCGCCGGCGGCGGCAGCGGGUGCAUCGGAACAUGUUUGCUCGGGCACCUACGAGGCUGAAGCGGACACGAGCCGGCGACCAAGUAUGGGCUUAAAUGUAACGUACCCAGAGAAAAGGUACGAGGGGGACGAGGAGGACGACGAAGAGGCGAGAGAUGGCCGAAGCGGGGAGAGGAGGAGCCCAAGAGAAACGCGGCGGAUAAGGCUGUUUGAGGCCGCUCGAGCCCUGGCGGAAGAAAUCAGAGGGAGGAUAAGGGAAGCAACGAAGCUCACGGCGAGCGUCGGCAUCGGUCCGAACUUCAUGCUGGCAAAGAUAGCUUCAGACUGGAACAAGCCGGACGGACAGAUGUGCAUAGGGGGUGACCGUGCGGAGGUGCUGCGGUUCCUGCACGAUCUUCCUGUCCGAAAGAUCGGUGGCGUGGGCAAAGUGCAAGAGAAGUGCUUGAGAGAGGCGCUCGGCGUUGUUACCUGCGGGGAUCUGUUUAGGGAGCGGGGCUCUGUCAUCCAUGUCAUGACCCCGCACACAUCGCGAUGGCUGAUCAAGGCUUCGCUAGGCAUCGCCUCCGCCGAUCAUGACGUGGCAACUGAACAGGCGCAGGCGGUGGGUGCCGUCACUCGCAAGCAGAUCAGCAAGGAGCGGACCUUCGGCGAGCUGUCGGCGCCCAGAGACCUCUUAAACAAGUGUCGAGAGAUCUGCGACUCCCUCGCGGCCGAAAUGGCAACCAAGGGGCUCGAGGCCAAAACCGUCGGGCUCAAGGUCAAGACCACCAAGUUUCAGGUCCGCACGCAGGACUCCACGGGCAACGCGUACGUCAGCUCGGCGGACGACCUGUUCUCCGCGGCGUCGGCCCUUCUCCAACGGGAGAUACAGGGCGCCGCCGCCGCCUCCGCCCCGGGGGGGAAGCUGCGCCUCCGGCUGAUGGGGGUCAGGGCGUCCGGAUUUCGGGGCCAGGCCGGAGCCCCGAUUUUGCCGGGACAGGCGACUCUCGACGGGUUUCUUUCCUCGAAGGCGGCCGAGGGGGGGUGUCAGGGGGAGGAUGAGAGCGGGAACGACGGCAAGCGGCAGCAGAGGGAGGAGGAGGCGGACUCGGCGGGGGGGGCUGAACAACAACCCCCGGGAGGGUUGUCGCGCCCGUCGAGACCAACGCCUGCUGCGAUGGAGCAUCCGUUCGUCGGCGGUGGUCAGGGCCGCCCUGGUUCUCGUCCGCGAAGCAAGGAACUACUGCGGGGGGUGCAGCCGGCGACGGGUAUCCCGCGUAGCGCGUUGUUAGCGACAGCGGCGGCGAACGUUUCUUGUCCUGUUUGCGGGGAAGAGCUAGGUGCAGCGUCCAACACGGCGCUGAAUCGCCACCUAGACGCGUGCUUGGGAGUGUGUGCACCCGCGGGCGAGGGGGAGAGGGGGGGAGUGGGUGGUGGUGGGACCGGCCGUCGGAGAUCGAAGGAAGAGGCCUUCCCGAAGAAGCGCGCAAAGGUUUCGAGCUCGGGGAUCGAACGGUUUCUCACACCAAAGGAGUUAGUGUAG